GAACGCGGCGCCUGCUCCUGCCGACGUGUUCUUCCGGUGGCGGAGCGGCGGCUCUACUUGUAUCCGACACAAUGGAGCUCGAGGCCAUGAGCAGAUACACCAGCCCGGUAAACCCAGCCGUCUUCCCCCACUUGACUGUGGUGCUGUUGGCCAUCGGCAUGUUCUUCACCGCCUGGUUCUUCGUCUACGAAGUCACCUCCACCAAGUACACCCGGGACAUCUACAAAGAGCUGCUCAUCUCCUUGGUGGCCUCACUCUUCAUGGGCUUUGGGGUCCUCUUCCUCCUGCUCUGGGUCGGCAUCUACGUGUGAGCUACAAGGGUACCAGCCACGGAGUCCCCACUUUUGUAGAUUCAUGUUUUUUGAAUUCUGUUUUUUACUAUUGCUGGAAGUGUCCCACCUGCUCUCACAAUAAAAGCAGAUGUGUGACGGUU